CCAGCACACCCAUAACCAGGCUUCCCCGCGGUCUCUCGAUGCUGCUGCUUACUUCCCUCCCUCGUAUUUCUUACACCUGAAGGCAUCAUGCGCUUCUUCGAUUUUCUUCCUCAACUAAUCGAUUGAUCGAGUGUUCUGGGUCACGCAGCCCGGUGACUUAAGUCCUGCGACAGUGGUGGCGCGGCUGUUGAAAAGAAAGAACAUCGGUCUAAAGCUUGGGUUGAUUUGGAUGCUCGAUUUUGCCGUUCUAACGCAUAGAUCUUGGAUCGACAUCCACAGGAAGGAUUCGUGCAGGAAUUGAUCUGAUUGUCUUUACAACUUUGUAUUUGUGUAUGCACGGUUUCUCGAUAGAUCUGUGUUAUUUUUCGUGGAUCCGGCAACUAGGGUUUCGGAGAUGUACGCCAGAUCCGGGCAAUCUUCUUACCGUGAUCGGACGCAGGAGUUUCUUAAUGUAGCUGAGAGGUUAAGGAAGUCGCUAUCGUCUGCCUCAAAUGCGCAGAGUAGUAAUGUUGGGUUAAAACUGGAGGGCCCGAAGUUGGCAAUCUCCAUCCAGUCGGAAUUUAGCAAGAGAGCUUCAAAGAUUGGGCUCGGGAUUCAUCAGACUUCGCAGAAGCUUGCUAAACUUGCAAAAUUGGCAAAGAGAACAUCAGUUUUUGAUGACCCAACUGUUGAGAUACAAGAACUGACAUCCGUCAUUAAGCAGGACAUUACUGCUCUAAACUCUGCAGUAGUGGACUUGCAGCUCCUCUGCAAUUCACAAAAUGAUAGUGGAGAUAUUUCCGGUGACACAUCUACUCAUUCUACCACUGUGGUUGACAACUUGAAGAAUCGCUUGAUGAGUGCAACAAAAGAGUUCAAAGAAGUUUUAACCAUGAGGACUGAGAACUUGAAAGUACAUGAUAAUCGGCGACAAUUGUUCUCCUCUUCAACUUCAAAGGAUUCUAAUAAUCCUUUUGUUCGACAAAGACCUCUGAUCUCAAGGGCCACAUCUGACUCAGGUGCACCUCCAGCACCAUGGGCAAAUGACUCGGCAUAUACUUCUGAGUUGUUUCCCAGGAAGAAAACAAAUGGGGAUCCAUCCUCAUCAGCUCAGCCCUUACUGCAGCAACAUCAGUCGAUGGUUCCAUUACAGGAUAUUUACAUGCAAAGCAGAGCAGAGGCCCUCCAAAAUGUUGAAUCUACUAUUCAUGAGCUGAGCAACAUCUUCACUCAGUUAGCCACCAUGGUUUCCCAGCAGGGAGAGCUAGCUAUAAGGAUUGAUGAGAAUAUGGAUGACACAUUGGCUAAUGUUGAAGGAGCACAGGGCCAGCUACUGAAGUACCUCAACAGCAUAUCCUCCAACAGGUGGUUGAUGCUGAAGAUAUUCUUUGUAUUGAUAGUUUUUCUUAUGAUCUUUGUAUUUUUUGUUGCAUAAUUUUGUUCCAAGGCAUCAACCUCCUCCUUUUUCCUAUUAUUUUGCUUUUCUUGCCUUGUUUAAUGGCUAUAAUGUUUGGAUCUCAUUCCAGAAUAAUAUAUAAUAAUUGUUGCUCCCCUUGGAAUGAGUGCUAUGAUCACAAUGUUGCCUGAAUUCCAUUUCUGAACUUAAUAUCAUGAUAAUUGUUUC